AUGGUAGGAGACAAUGUUGGAACUGUGGGAGAGUCAGACUCUUGGGAAUCACUUUAUCAGCUGAAGGACUGGAUUCCUGACAACUUUAAUGCAUCACAGCCAAACAGUGUGCAGGAGCAUGAACCACGCACUGAUGGUAUUGACUAUGACAGUCUUCAAUGUGCUGACUACGAUGCUGCAUUGGCUCUUCUUGAGACAUCUCUGAAAGACCUAGGGGGAUGUGAAGUGCUGAUCCCUCCAUCUGAUGCGUCUGCGUCUCAGCCAUCUCAGCCAGCCCCGUUGAUCCCUGUGUCUGCAUCCCAGCCAGCCCCGGUGAUCCCUGCACCUCCCUCUCCUGCGAUCCCUGUGCCUCAGCCUCCUAUGCCUCCCUCUUCUGUGUCUCAGCCAGCCCUGGUGAUCCCUGAAUUUGCGUCCCAGCCAGCCCUGGUGAUCCCUGCACCUCAGCCUCCUAUACCUCCCUCUCCUGCGUCUGCGUCCCAGCCAGCCCCAGUGAUCUCUGCGCCUCAGCCAGCCCCAGUGAUCUCUGCGCCUCAGCCAGCCCCAGUGAUCCCUGCAUCUCAGCCUCCUAUGCCUCAACCUCCCACACUUCCUACUAAUCCUGCAUCUCAGCCAGCCCCUGCUCCUCUUCCAGAGGAUGAUCAACCUGUUCGACAUACUGGUAGGGCAUGCCCAUCAGUCCCUUUUAACCGGCGCAAACUAGACAAUGUCAUUGGUGGAAACUCAAAAUGGGGCAGCAAGCACAAAGGCGAGGAUGUAAUUCACGGGUCUAAAAAGUCAAAGACUUUGUAG